AGGGUCUCCGGGGCAACAGCAAUGGCGGCCGCGCCGUCCGAGCGGCUCUUCUCGCUCGAGCUGCUCGUAGACUGGGUGCGCCUUGAAGCCCGGCUGCCGCCGCCGCCGCCGCCCGUGGUCCCGGCGGAGGAGCAGGAGGCGGAGGAGGCAUCGCCGCCGCCCUCGCACGGCCUGUGCCCCGCCGUGGCCUUCCGCCUGCUGGAUUUCCCCACGCUGCUGGUUUACCCUCCCGGCGGCCCCGCUGCCCCCGCCCCGGAACUUCGGCCCGGCCUGGUCCGGUUCGGUCGCGGCAAGUCCUGUCUCUUCCGCCUGCAGCCCGCCACCCUGCACCGCCUGCUCCUUCGGACCCCGCUGUACACCUUGCUGCUGCAGCUGCCCCCCGGGCGCCCGACCCCGGCGCCGCAGCUCCUGGGGGCCUGCAGCAUCUCCCUGGCCGCCGCGGUCCACAAGGUCCUGGGGCCCGCCGCCUCCGGCUGCUCCCAGGGUCAUCGGGGAAGUUUCCCUCUGCAUAACCAAGAGGGGGAGCGGAUUGGGGACAUUGCCCUGGGCUACCGCCUGACUGAUCUGGGAAGCAGCUUGCUGGGCCAUCUGGAGAGGCCAGUCGCUUCCCCAGGAGGUGGAGUGGAGGUGCAGAAGGCAGUGGAGGUCAGUCCCCAAACCUUGCAGGAAAACCAGCAGCUGCAGCGGCCAGACUCAGAGCCAAGCCCAAGAGAUGCUGAUAAGCCUCUGGUGGAUGUAAACAUCUCAACGGCAGGGGAGGAUUUGAAGGAAGGAGUCUUCCACAGCAAGGCCAACUCUGAUUACAUGGGCCCUGUGCAGAAUGGCAGAACCAACUCUGUUAUUUGUUCAAAGGGUAGCAGUGAGAGGAGUGUUAGCCCCCAGAAUGAGGAAAUCACAGAGUUGGACAUUGAAACCAACAUCAUUUGCCCUCCUCCUUUGUAUUACACUCAUCUGACCCAAGAAAAGACAUCUCCUAAACAGGGUAAAAUCACCAUUGAGCCUCAAAUGAAUGUACCUGAGGAAUUGGAUGGUACUUUUCCGGAAGAAAAACUUGUAAAUCCCCCAACCCGUACUAGUCCUCCGGAACAUACAAAUUCUGCAACACAUGAGAGGCCUCCAAUGCUUAUAAAUCCUGCACACGUUCAGGACACAGGAGCAAGUAGUCAGACCACAUACCAUCCUCAAACUGAACAAAAUAGGAUUAACACGAUAAGGCAGCUGCCUUUGUUAAACGCUUUGUUGGUUGAGUUGUCCUUGUUAUACAACCAACCGGUGGCAAACCCUACUCAGAUACAUCCUCACUUAGCCUGCUUAUAUAGAACUGAGGACAAGAAGUCACCAGAAUCUUCUGCCAAAUCCAGGUGUAAACCUGAUUCUAAGAAGGAUAAACUUUUUGUGGGGGAGAAUGAAAGAUCAGUGAGUCUUCAGUAUAAAAAGAACCAAACUGAAAAUCUUAAGAAAGGUAGAUAUUUUGAAAACAAAGGUGGUUCCCCUCAAAAAAGAGUUCCAAGGGGGAAGCUACUUUAUGGCUUAACAAACACACUUAAACUACGUUUAAAGCAAACAAAUCCUGCUAUGCUGGUAGUACAUGAAAAGAGAGAACAGUAUAGAAAGAUGCACGCACAGGCGUUAGGUGCAAAACUCAGAAUCCCAUCGUCGAAAGUAAAGAUACUAAGUUUUACAGAACAAUAUCAGAAGCCACAUCAACUGCCUAAAAAUAAGUUUUUGGACUCAGGUGCUGAAAAUAGUAAUACCUCAAAGCAAAUUAGUGUGGUUUUUGAUGACCCCAGCACAACUAAAGAAACUAAACUGAAGUAUUCAACUGAAAAGACAGUUGAUUGCAGUGAAAAUAGAAGCAAUAAUGAUUUACUGGAAGAAAUUGUGAGUCCUGAAAAUUCCAUUGUCUCAGAAAGGUUUAUUCAUACAAAUAUUUUGGAAGGAAAAGUGGAAGUGGAAGUCCAAAGUCCAGGUGUUUUCCAACAGGUUGCAGUAGUUGACAGAAUUGUGGUAGAUAAAGAAGUAGAUGAUAAGCAUGUCAAAACCACUGAUAACAUUCUUACAGCUGAUAUGAAUGAAAAUAAUCCAAGUACAAGUAGUUGCUCUGAAAGCAUCUCAGAACUAAAGUAUUCGGAUGACUUCACCAGCCCUUGCUGUUCUGAAGACACCAGCAGAAUUUUACAAGCUCGUGAUAGCAGUCCAGGGACAGAAAAUCCAAAACAUAGUCAGCAUACAAGUAAUUCCAGUGAAACAAGAUGGUCCAUAAGAAAAAAUAGCAGUGGAAAGAGUUCUAUUCUUAGCCCACCGUUUUCAGCGGGAUCCCCAGUACUCUCGUAUAAAAGAUUUCAUAUUUCAGAGACUCAAGAUAAAAGUUUGGAGGAAGCAUCUAAUAUCUCUACCAGUGAUUUCUCUUCAUCACACUGGACUGAGGAAAAAGAGAACCAGAGAGACCAAAAUAGUAUUCAUAAUUCUAAAGUCCUAAAAAGGAAUCGAGACAUGUCUACUGAACUUAAAACAAGAACAGGUUGCAGGUCCUCAGAAAAAAGCCAGUCACCUCGGACAUCUCAAGUGAGUUCUUAUCUGCCUUCUAAUUUGUCAGAACUAGAACUUAAUGUCCUGGAUGGCAGUACAUCAGAUCACUUUGAAGAAGACAAUGAGGGCCUUGGUUCCCUAAACAUUUCCAAGCAAUGCAAAGAUAUUUGUGAAUUAGUAAUAAAUAAACUUCCAGGAUAUACAGUAUAAAAAUAUGUGUUUAUAAAUAACAUUUGUUUCAUAA